AUGAACGCCAUGUCUACGAUACAACAACUCAAGAACUUCAUCCGUCACGGCAAGCAAGCUCGCGUCGCCGCCGAUGACGCCGCUAAGAGCCCCGAGACGGUGACUGUACCCCAACCAGCCAAGGUGCACCAUGCUGCCUCUGAGCCAACAUCAGUCCACGAGACUGCCCAGCACAAGCAAGCGACGAAGUCGAAGCGGAUAGACGAAUCCAACAUUGCUAAGCUCGUUGCCGAGGAGAACGAAAACAAGUCCAAAUUCCCAAAGUAUCCUGGUCUCGAGCGAUGGCAGCUUGUCGAGAAGAUGGGCGAUGGCGCCUUUAGCAACGUUUACCGUGCCAAAGAUCUAACGGGCCCCCACGGCGAGGUCGCAAUCAAGGUUGUUCGCAAGUAUGAGAUGAACAGCAUGCAGCGUUCAAACAUUCUCAAAGAGGUUCAGAUCAUGAGACAGCUUGACCAUCCCAACAUUAUCAAGCUUCUCGAGUUCUCCGAAUCUCGAGAAUAUUACUACAUUGUCCUCGAGCUAGCUCCUGGCGGAGAGCUCUUCCACCAAAUCGUUCGACUUACGUAUUUCAGCGAGGAGCUGUCUCGCCAUGUGAUUACUCAAGUUGCGAAGGCUCUCGAGUACCUGCAUGAAGAAAAAGGUGUCGUGCAUAGGGACAUCAAACCCGAGAACAUUCUUUUCAGUCCAAUUUCGGUUGUGGCUUCGAAGCACCCCCGACCCAAGCAGCCAGGCGACGAGGAUAAAGUCGACGAGGGCGAGUUUAUCCCUGGUGUUGGUGCCGGUGGAAUCGACCAUGACGCCAUGCGGUACUGUGGGUUAUACUGCCCCGAGAUCGUCAAGGAUGAGCGCUACUCGAAAUCGGUCGAUAUGUGGGCGAUGGGCUGUGUACUUUACACCCUCCUCUGCGGCUUCCCACCGUUCUACGAUGAGAGCAUCGAAACUUUGACGGAAAAGGUUGCGAGGGGCCAGUACACCUUCUUGUCACCCUGGUGGGACGAUAUCUCCAAAUCGGCGCAGGAUCUCAUCAGCCAUCUUCUGACCGUUGACCCCGAGAAGCGAUACACCAUCAAGGAGUUCCUUGCUCACCCCUGGAUCCGCGAAGCCGGCCCCACGCCAAGGGAGGAAAGGAAGCAUCCCGCCGUCGAGGCUCUCUCGUCCUAUGACGUUGGCAGAGUCGAUGGCGAGAAGAAGUAUGAUUUCAGGUCACCGGCCGCUGUCAACCUUCGAGAAGUGUUUGAUGUCAGUUACGCCGUACACAGGCAAGAGGAAGAAUCCAAGAGGUUGAAGCAGUUUGGAAUCAGGAAUGCCGCUCCCGAUCAUCUCAGCCGCCUUGCAGAGGCCGAUGAGGACCAGGAGGAGAUGGAUGUCGACCAACAGCAGGCUGCGACGAAAUCUUUGGAGACGAGCAUGCGGAACACAAAUCUCCGAGACCAGGAGGCUCAGCAGUCACGAGGCCGAGAGAGGAGCGAGCUCCCGCCCCCGCUCCUGCUCCUGCCGCUGCUCAACCGCAGGAGCGUGGUUAUGGCCAACACUCGGCGGCAGUUGCCACCGCUGCUCGACAACAGGUUCGGGAGCGACAGAGGCAGAAGGCCUGCCGCUAAGGUCGGCGGUGCAUAA